CCUGCAAAUGCACUGUCCAAUGUUCUAACCCCUCCCCAUAAAUUUAGAGUGCAGUAUUAGAGUUGGAUUGAUUGAUAACGCUCUAUCCAGAUAGGCAGCGACGCCAACGGUGACACGGUCUGAUGGUACUGUUCUAUCAAAUAUGCCUAUGCUCCGCCACGGUAGGUAGCAUGACCGCACCAUAGAAGACAACGGCGCUAGUACAGGAAGAAGAAGCUACCAUUCAUUUCCGUAAAUAAAAUCGGUCACCAUUUUCUCUUCCUGUUGUGACGUAAGCGGCAUGGAGAAGGCACGUUUCAUUUUGUCACGAUCGAAACAGCCUUUUGCACCGCAAAUAGAAUUGUAGCUAUCUGUACAAUAUUUCAUUUGAGUGCGCGUGUGUGUAAAGCAUGGAGAUUGAGGGGAGAGAUUUCAUGAACACUCCCCCAUUGAAGACGGUGCGGUUUGGGGGCAAUGUUGUUGCCACGUUAGCGAAAUUCAAACAGGGAGAUACCAGUGACUAUGAGUUGUUGAAACAUCAGCUGGCAGAUCCAGAUAUCAAGGAUGCCCAAAUCAUCAACUGGCUGCAGGAGUUCCGGAACUGUGUGACACAACUCAGCAAAGACCAUGAGCAGCUGAUCUAUGUGGCUCUGAGACUGCCGUGGCUGGGCCGAAGCCCUGCCGUAGUGGAGGAGUAUCUGGCCUUCCUCAGUAACCUGGUAUCUGCUCAGACGGUCUACCUCCGCGCCUGCCUCAAGAUGGUUGUCUCCAACUUCACACCCAAGAGAGUAAAGAUCUGUGAGGGAGGAGUGGACAUCUCCGACUCGGAUGAUGACGAUGAAAACCUUCCCAGAAAUUUUGACCAGUGUCAUCAGGCCCUGCAGCUGAUAGCCAGAUAUGUCCCAUCCACCAGCCGUUUCCUGAUGCCCAUUCUGAUUGAAAACUUUCCUUUUGUGCAGAAAUCUUCCAGAACCCUGGAGUGUUAUGUCCAUAACCUUCUGCGGGUGGCAGUGUACAUCCCCUCGCUACGACGAGACAUCCUGGAGCUCAUCAUCAGUAGGAUGCUCAAACUGGACGUGAGUGCUCCUCGGGGAGAGAUAGAGGAGGUGGAGGAGAACGCUGUGCAGCAGGAGAUGAAAGGAGAGCAGGAGGAGGAGGGGCUCUUUGACAUGGAUGAGGAUGUGUGUUCAGUGAAGUCCAGUCCAGCAGAGACCAAUGUGAUGGUCCACCCUGUCGCUGAGAGACUGGACACUCUCAUGGCUGUGCUGCUGGCCUUCAUCAAGGACAUGUGCCAUGUCAACGGUUGUCUGGAUGUGGAGCGGACUAAGGAUCUGUACAAGGACCUGGUGUGUGUGUUUGACAAACUUAUCCUACCUACACACGCCUCCUGUCACGUCCAAUACGCCCUCUUCUACCUCUGCAGCUUCAGACUGGCUCUGGCAGAGGCGUUUCUGGAACACCUGUGGAGGUUACUGCAGAGCCCGUCUCACCCGGCAGUACUGCGCCAGGCUGCCGCUGGCUACAUGGGCAGCUUCCUGGCCCGUGCCAACUUCCUGCCUGUCGCUACAGUGCGUGCGUGUCUGGACCUGCUGGUCCCCUGGCUCCACCUAUACAUAGACAGCCAGGACUCCGGCUCCCGGGCCUACUGUGACAUCACGCUGCACGGGCCCUUCUACAACGCCUGCCAGGCCGUCUUCUACGCACUCCUCUUCAGACACAGAAGCAUUCUGGAGGGCAACAUGAGAAAAGGGCUGGCGUACCUGCAGGGUCUGAACCUAGAGAGGAUAGUGAUGUGUCAGCUCAACCCUCUGAAGGUCUGCCUGCCUGCCGUCACCAACAUGUUUGCUGCCAUCACCAGAAAGUACCAGUUGGUGUUCUGCUACACAAUCAUCGAGAGGAACAACCGCCAUGUUCUCCCCGUGGUCCGCAGUUCCGUGGGGGGCGACUGUGUGUCCACCAACACCAACCCCCUGGACAGUUUCUUCCCCUUCGACCCCUACCUGCUCAAGAGGUCAAGUAAACUCAUCGAGCCCCUCUACCAGGUGUGGGAGGAGCCAGCAGACACUGAAAUGGACACUGUCACCACCAAGAGAGUCAGAAGGUGCUCGGAUGCAGAUGAGGAUGACUUCCUGCGAGGGGAGACGCCGGAGACAAAGGGGGUUGUGGGUAUGACCCCCGGCUCGUAUGAGUCUCACCUCCGCAGCCCCAGCAGUGUGGGCUCCCCGCCCAUCGCCUUCCUACAGAGACCCUUCUGAUACCCUCUUAUUUAACAUGGACUCAUCCACAACACCCUGUAAAAUGGACUAUUCCACAAUUCAGAGCGCCAUCAUACAGAGACACCCAGCUUUAAAAUGUUCAAAUGGAAUAUGAUAUUAUCUUACUAUAGACCAUUCUGAUUUUGACCCCCCUUUUUAAAUGGAUUUGUUGGAUCCUGCUGUUUAAAAUGGACGGGUCCAUCCUCUUCAUCUUCCCUAUCAUCACUGAAGAGCAGUAUCAAUGGGAAUCAUCUGGAACCAUCUACAAUCACCACCCCAUCAAGAACUUACUCCAGGACGCAAAAGAUUAUGAACACAGUGUACAAUGCGUGGCUAGAGCUAUUCAUUUUAUAAUAAUGGUUCUAUGUUAUAACAGUUAACAUGUUAUAAGUGGUUAAUAGUAAAUACUAGUUCAUUUAACUCAACUAUGGAAAGAAAAUGUAUUUGUUUUAUCUAGGAUGGGAAAAUCUUAAGUAGAUUUUGUGUUUUUAGUUAAAACUAUGUAUUUACUCAUUGUUUGUUUUUCUCUGACACUUUCAAUUGUUUAUUGAUUUUGGUUGACUUUGAUCUACAAUUUGUAUCAUGUUCUGAACAUCACAUUUUAUGAUUUGUAUCAUUUUACAGAUUGUAAACAUAAAGUUCCCUUAUUGAAAUUCUUCUUAACCAGAACAGAUACUUGUGUGAAGGGUCACCUGCAGUAGAUGAAAAAGGAAACCUUCUGUAAACCUGUGCUUGUAUUUAUGGAGGAUCAAUUACAUAGUUGACAUACAAUACCCUGUAAAUAAAAGUUAACCUAUUUGUGGA